GUUGACAUUCCGUCGUUGAGUGUGCAAGACUGCGUGCAGUUCUAAAGUGUUCUGUAUUGUUCUGUUGGUUGUUUUGAUUUGACGACACGUCUCCGCAUUGUGAGAAUGGUUGGAAAGGAUUUCAGCGAGCAAGAAGGAUUCCGCACGGCGGCAAUCCACACCGGGCACACUCCGAAAUCCCUCGGAGAUCCUGUAAUUCCGCCUAUCGUGAACUCGACAAUCUAUAGAUAUGACGCUAUCCACAAUGAUAAGGAUUUCGAGUACACGCGUGUGGGAAAUCCUACGAGGACUGCAUUGGAACAGUGCUUGGCCACUCUGGACGAUGGCAAGUACGCUCUGACCUUUUCGUCAGGCCAAGGCGCCACGACGUCUAUCACGCACCUGAUGAGCCCGCACGAUCACAUCCUCGUGUCUCGGGACUUGUACACCGGCACGGAAGGACUGAUGUCCUCGCUGGGCGCUCAGAAGCGCGUCGACGUUGAGUUCUUCAACGCUGUUGAUCUCGAGGAGCUGAAGCGUCUCCUGAAGCCCAGCACAAGAAUGGUGUGGCUGGAAAGCCCCACGAAUCCUCACCUGGUCGUUGUUGACAUCAGAGCUAUUUCAGACAUCGCUCAUAAUUACAACAAGAAUAUAAUCGUUGUUGUGGACAAUUCUUUCUUGUCUUCGUACUUUCAACGACCGCUCAAUUUCGGCGCUGACAUCUCAAUGUACUCUCUGACGAAAUUCAUGAAUGGCCACUCGGAUGUCCUCAUGGGCGCAGCAGUGACAAACUGCCAGGACAUUUAUGAGCGCCUGAAGCGCGUACAAGUCGGCCUGGGAAUAGUGCCGAGUCCCUUCGAUUGCUUCCUGAUGCACCGCAGCCUUAAGACGCUGGGCGUGCGGAUGGAGAAACACCACGAGAACUCCCUGGCUGUGGCGAAGUUCCUGCAGAAGCACCCAAAGAUUGAGAAAGUCCUCCAUCCGGCACUGCCCGACAAUCCGCGCUACAGCCUGACAUUGAGGCAAACGUACGGCCACAGCGGAAUAAUGGCCUUCUACUUGAGAGGUGGUAUUGACGAAGUCAAGAAAUUUGCAAGCAAAUUGAAAUAUAUUACAAUCGCCAAAUCGCUCGGAGGCGUCGAGUCCACCAUUGUCUUCCCGCACAUUAUGAUGUACGAGCGAUUCAGCGAGGAGGAGAAGAUCAAUAUGGGCAUCUCGGUGAAUUUUGCCCGCAUGUCCAUCGGCAUUGAAGAUCACAACGUUCUAAUCAACGAUCUAGAUCAGGCCCUCAAUUCACUUCCUGCAAGCCCUGUCAGCAAGUUGUAAAAGCGUCAAGUUCUCUACCACAUCAAAUGUGCCUUUAUUCCCCAAAAAGAAAGAAUAUUGUUGAGCUUGCAGUGCAGCAACAAUAAAAUAAAGACGAAUGUUCGCAAUUACAUAAA